CUCUCACCUAUUUCCUCCUCUUUACCCGGACAUAAUUCGACUUGCUGUUACAUAUUCCGUGCCCAGGAGUUGCACUCUUUGUCCCUCGUCCUGCCCGCUGCGGGCGACCGUGUCCACUGUAAAUCUACUGCAUCAUGUCGACAGACUACAACUAUGACGACAAGGGACAAUUCUUCCCGUUUUUCGUCCUUACCCUGACGAGUCUCGUCACUCUUCCUUUAACAUACAACCUCCUCCGGCCGAGCAAGGGACUCGAGAACACCGCGCCGCGGAUAAAUUCGGACUUCAAGCCCGAACAUGGCGACCUCGUCGAGGCGCAGAAGCGCAAGCGUCUGCGCAAGGAACGUCGGAUCAAGCGCAUCGUCACCGUCGUGGUGGGCUACGCCGUCAUGGCAUGGAUGGCCUACCUGAUCGUCGUCACUGCACGGACAGUACCCAAGAUCUGGGAUCCUUAUGACAUUCUGGGUAUUUCGCGGAGCGCCGACGAGAAAGCGAUCUCUAGACACUACAAGCGUCUUUCAUUGGUAUAUCAUCCCGACAAGAUCCGCCCCGAUCCCGCCAAGAAUGAGACGAUCGAGAUGCUCAACGAGCGCUUCGUCGAGCUCACCAAGGCCUACAAGGCGUUGACCGACGAGGAAGUCCGCAACAACUACAUCCAGUACGGCCACCCGGACGGCAAGCAGAGCAUGAGCAUUGGCAUUGCCCUGCCCACGUUUAUCGUCUCGGAGGGAUACUCCAAGUACACCCUGCUGGUCUACGGUGCUCUGCUUGGCGUUCUGCUCCCGUAUAUAGUCGGCCGCUGGUGGUACGGCUCUCAGCGUUACACCAAGGAGCGCGUCCUCGUUGCUAGUGCCGGCAACAUUUUCCGGGAAUUCAGAGAUGACAUCACUGAUGGCGGGAUCAUCAACGCGCUGUCCUCUGGCGACGAGUUCAAGGAAAUGCUUCGAGGGCCUCGGUCCGAUGCCGGAUUGGCGAAACUUGAGAAGAAGGUCUUGGCGGAAGAUUCCUCGUACCUGACUCCUGAGGACCGCGCGGCUAUCAAGGGACUCGAUGACUCGAGCAGACGGAAGGCGCUGGCGUUGCUCUGGGCAUACCUCGGCCGCGUUGACCUGGAAGAUGCCACGCUGAACGGAGAAAAGUACGAAGCCGCACCCAUUGCCCUCUCACUGAACGAAGCCUUCACCGCUAUCGCCCUCGCCUUUGGUAACCUCCGCCCGAUCCUCGGCUCCUUCCGCACAGCACAGCACCUCAUCCAGGCUGUGGCGCCUGGCUCGUCUCCGCUCCUUCAACUGCCGCAUUUCACUCCGAACCUCGUCCAGGCCAUCGAAGGCGUCGACAGCAAGGAACACUUCACCGUGCAGAAGUUCAUGUCCCUUCCGGAAGCCGAACGCUACAGCCUCACCGUGGGUGCCGGCCUCCUGAGCGAGAAGCAAUACACGACCGCCAUCAACGUCGCCAAGCAGCUCCCCGUCCUCGAUGUGUCCCGCGCCUUUUUCAAGGUGAUGGGCGAGAAGGUCAUCACACCAAGCAGUCUGGUACAACUCGUGGUCAAGGCGCGCUUCAUCCCCCCCGGUACCACCAAUGUUCCCGCCCUCAAUCCCGCCGACCUCGAGGAUGUCGACCCCGACGAGGACGACCUGGACGCCAUCAUGGGCCGCAAUGGCAAGAAGACCAAGAUCGUCAACGGCCAAAAGGUUGAAGACACCAAGUCCGACCCCGUCCAACCCCCGCUCGCGCACGCCCCCUACCUCGCCCGCGACCACUCCCCGCGCUGGCACAUCUUCCUGGCCGACGCCAAGCAGGGCAAGAUGGCCGUGCCCCCCUUCACCUUCACCACGUUCGACAAGCCCCUCUUCGACCCCGUCACCGGCAAGCCCACAUUCAACGUGCAGACCCUCAAGAUGCAGUUCCAGGCCCCGCCCCAAGUCGGCGACUUUACUUUCGUGAUGCACAUGCUCUGCGACAGUUAUCUGGGUCUGGACACCAAGAUGGAAAUCACACUGCACAUCGACGACCCCGCCAAGGCCGCCGCGUUGGAUGAGGAGGAUGAUAUCAGUGAGCCUGAUGAGGACUCAAUAGCCGGCCAAAUGCAAGCCCUCAAAACCGGCCAACCCCCCAAGAAGAAGACAACCACCAAGAAACCCUCCGCCGACUCGAGCGAGGACGAGGAGAGCGACACCGACGGCGACGCCGGUGAUACCAGUGACACGAACACGGAGACGGAUAUUGAUGAUGACGAUUGAGAGGUGGGGGGGGUUUUAGUUGGGGAUGGGUUCGAUUCUUUUACAUCAGGCGACAAUAUUUUAUUUUCCAUUCUCCCAUUCUCCAUUCUCCAAGGAUCAUGUUACCCCCAUUGUAUAAGAGAAGGGGAAGGGAAAUGCAAGGAAAGGACAAGGAGCCGAAAGGCAAAUGCAAUGAAGUCAAAAAUCCCAUUCAAACUUCUUUGUCUCCUUUUUUCUUUUUACUUUUUUUUUUGCGCCUUCCUCACUUUACAGUUUACACACUUAG